UCUUCGAACCAUUUCUAGGUUUUCUUCGGUGGCAGCACCCCAAUCCCGACCUCGAGUAAUGGUGGAUUUAUCAUCUCUCCACUCUCUCUGAGCUCUCCUCUUCCUCCUCCUCCUCGUCUGCAUGGCUUCAACUCCUCUUCCCAUCUCCAACUCCCUCGCCACGGCGGCUUCCCUCCGCCACCCUUCGCCUCUGCUCUUAAACCCUAAAUCUAGGCCUUAUCCUCAUUUGCUAAGCCCCCGUUCUUCGAAAGGUGUCGCCUUUACUCGUGUCCCCACUCGAAAACCCUCCUCUUUUGGAGUUCCAUAUCGGUUUUCUUCUAGAAGGGGUCUAGGGUUUGUUCCCUUCUUUGGGAAUAAUGGAGGAGGGGAGUCCUCCGAGGGUGAGGUUGUGGAUGAGGCCGAUGCAGCAAGGGGGCAGAGCACGUUGCCGGAGAGGUUCCGGUACCUGACUAAGGAGGUUCCCGAUCGACCUGUGAGGUGGCCAUGGAUAAUUGCCCUGGGCUUCCUUGUUUAUGCUUGGCGAACUGUUUUAUGGGAACUCGGCAAUUGGAAGAAAGCGACACUGGCCGUCAUAAGUUUCUUUUCGUACCUAUCCAAAUUUGUUCUAGCCUUUAUAUUUCGUUUUAUCGGUGACCCGCUAACCGGUCUCAUUCGAUGUGUUGAGUUCACUCUCUACUCUCUUCGAUACAUCUACUCCAGCAUUGUUGCAUUUGCUCCUGUUCCAGAACUCACCAGGAUUAUUCUAUUCUCGUCGGCUGUAUUGGCUAUUGCCGAAGCUACAGUUCCCGAAUCAGUAGAGAGACAACAGUUUAUCCUCUCGCUAUCAGGGCUUAUUGCAUUUGGCGCCGUGAGUGGGUACAUUCUGGAGAUUUUCUUUUGGUUCUUUCUCUGCAGUUUCUUCUUGUAUUCUUACUUCUUCCGGAAGAGAGAUGCUGUUUCAGCUGCCUUACCGUCUGCUGCCGUCUUGGUAGCUGUUGGCGAACCUUGGGUGAGAAUUCUAGUGUUUUGUUUAUACCUGUCUCUUGCUAUUUUUCAGUAUUCGAAGUCAUCAGAAAUUCAGAGGACGGAAGUUUCCGGAAGUGUCAGGAAACCUCCAGUGCCUCUGCAGGUUGCCGCUCUGUCUAUAGGGAUUCAUGUAGCUGCCAAGUGGAUCAGACACCGGCAUCUAACAUGGAUGAUAGCGUAAUUGGUCAAGUAGCUACAGUUUUCUGUUUGUCUUAUUGAUUGUUGUGACAUUGUAUAAAAGAAACAAAAAAAAAAAAAAUUUAAAGGCUCGUGUGGUUUUUUCCUGAUUUUGGUUAUCCAUCCAUGAAAUUGGCAUUUUAAUUCUUAAAUUUA